AAUGAUCUUGGGUAAUAAAUGCGAUUUGGUUGAAAAAAGACAGGUUCCUAAAGAUAAAGGCGAAAUGAUUGCAGAGGAGCAUAACAUUCCCUUCUUAGAAACAAGUGCCAAAAGUAAUGAAAAUGUAGAAAAAGCUUUUUACCAGUUAGCCGAAGCUAUAUUGGAUAAGACGCCGAAUAAAGAAUCAGACAAUAGAGGCCCUGUUGAUAUUCGUAAUUCAUCGGACUCCCGGCAAUCUAAAUGCUGUUCAUGA